AUGACGUCCAUUUAUGAACGAGCUCUCCUAAGAGACAAAUACAACCAAGCACUAUCGGGUUUGGUCGAAAGACUAGAUUCCCAAGCCCAGGCAGCUUAUGGACAGGACGAACUUACUAGCCUCGGCAUUUCUCUUAGAUCUUUUGAUCCUUAUGACAGGAAUUUCCUCAAUUCUAAAGCCUGCCUCUUUAGACCUAUGACCUUGGAGGAGUUUAGAAAAUAUUCUUUUCCCGAGUCUGAACUCGACGGGGGCGGUAUUGAUUAUUAUAUCGACUUUGACGCAAGCUAUGAUGAACCUGCAAAUAUGAAAAAUGUUUCUCCUUCAAUUAUCAUGAGGGAAAGAGCAUUUCAAACCUACAACUAUUUGCAAGUCUGUUACGUCUACUUGCGCAAGCAGAUUGGGCGAGAUGAUGAAUAUCUUGAAGAAAUCACUGGAUGGUCCCAAAUCAAACAUGACAAUUCGUUCUGGGAUAAUGGACAGAGACUAAUGUAUGGCCAUCGUGGAGACUUUCUACAUUGGGAUACAUAUGCCCAGAGGGAGUGGCAGGACGACGACGAUAACCCAGAAACACUUCGCCCGCAUAUUAUACUCCUUAUUUGCACUGGAGCAGAAGCCAAAGAUAAUGAAUUAUUGCUUGGCGAAUUAGGACCUAUUGCACAAGCAAUUGAAAACCGUCUGCAGCAGAAGGAAUUUGAAAAAACAUCGCUUUUUCCAGUACUGGCUAUAUCUCUUUUUGGGCCGCGACAUGGCCGUCUCCUGCAAGCCCAUUUCGACAAGUCUGGUAUAUUAAAAGUUCUGGUUUCGCCUAUCUACAGCUUUCUAUCUAGGACCGACGCACCCUCCGAGCUUUUUCUUCGCUACUAUGUCUCUGAACCUCAGGAUGGUCCAGAGUACGAGUUCUGGAGCGAAGAAGAAGACACAGCAGCCCAGACCCACCAGUAUGUUGCCCCGUUGCCCGGAUCCGACAUUGAAAACAUCCCCCCCAAAGAAGGCGACGUCCUAUGUUGA